AUGCCCACGUAUCUUGCUCUAGUACUGUUUGUUUUAAUUCUUGUAUUACAGCAAACAAUACAUGUGAAAUCGUUUGUUUCACCUCUUCGACGUGAUAAUCAUGAAAUUCGUCGAUUACAUGCUAUUCGACCUCUACGAGCUCCACUUAUGGGUCGAUCAUUAUCACCAGUUAUAUCAAUAAAUGCUGAUGAUGAUAAUUUUAUAAAUGAUAUAUCAAAUAAUACCAAGUUUAUUGACGAUGAAUUAGUUUUCCUCGCUAAACGACGACAGGGUGGGGCACCACUAUAUGGUCGACGAUGGAUACGUAAUCGACGACGAGGACCACUUUAUGGCUAA